CGGGCGGCAGCCGUGUGGCCCCCACCCAGCCCGCCCAGCCUUCACCUUGCCGGAAUUGGCUCACCGACACGGGCUUGGGGGUUUGGAGCGGAUUUGUUUUUUUAAACAUUUUUCCAGCAGACCACAUCUCCGCCCCCCGCUCGCGGUCCCCCGCCCCCAGCACAUAUACCCUGCACACACACACACACACACACACACACACCCGGCGCGCACAGACACACACGCUCCCUCCCUCCGGCGCUCUACCCCUCGCCCGCCCGCCGCGCACGCAGCCGGCCCCGGCUCCCCGCGCCCCGCCGCCGCCGCCGCCGCCGAGCGAAGCCCGGCUGGGUUUGGAGCUGCUCAUGGAGAAAGUGCCGGGCGAGAUGGAGAUUGAGCGCAGGGAGCGGAGCGAGGAGCUGUCCGAGGCAGAGAGGAAGGCGGUGCAGGCUACGUGGGCCCGGCUCUAUGCCAACUGCGAGGACGUGGGGGUGGCCAUCCUGGUGAGGUUCUUUGUGAACUUCCCCUCGGCCAAGCAGUACUUUAGCCAGUUCAAGCACAUGGAGGAGCCGCUGGAGAUGGAGAGGAGCCCCCAGCUGCGGAAGCACGCCUGCCGGGUCAUGGGGGCCCUCAACACCGUGGUGGAGAACCUGCAUGACCCUGACAAGGUGUCCUCUGUGCUUGCCCUCGUGGGCAAAGCCCACGCCCUCAAGCACAAGGUGGAACCCGUAUACUUCAAGAUCCUCUCUGGGGUCAUUCUGGAGGUGAUUGCCGAGGAAUUUGCCAACGACUUCCCACCUGAGACACAAAGAGCCUGGGCCAAGCUGCGUGGCCUCAUCUACAGCCACGUGACUGCUGCCUACAAGGAAGUGGGCUGGGUACAGCAGGUCCCCAACGCCACCACCCCACCGGCCACACUGCCCUCUUCGGGGCCAUAGGACCCCUCCUUCCUCCCCCCCUCCCUGGCAGCACCUUGCGCAGAAGGCCGAGUUCUGAAGACCCUCCUUGACCUGCCAUUUCUGAGUGCCAAGGAAGCUGGAGGAAUCCCCAACUCAACUUUCCGGAAGGAGGCCUCUGCCACAGCCACCGUCCCCCUGGAGCUGCCGGGAGGUGGCACCCCCAGUGCAGCAGCGGGCGGCGGCCCUUCCUCCUUACAGAGCAGGGCUGCUCUUCUUAGCUUUUCUACUCACUGUUAGAGACAGACCUAGCUGAGCGGCUGGUGGGAAGCGGGGACAGGAGCCGUUCCAGGGAUAGACCAACUCCGUUUCUAUCUGCCCGACCAGCAUGCAGGUCUUAUCACCAUCUAGAGCAUCAUACACACAUCUACCGUAUAUACAAAUAUAUUCUAUAUACAACCUAUAUAUAAAUAUGUAUACACACACAUAUACACACCUACAUAUCUAUAACAUGUUAUCUGCCGAGCCCAGAGCCUUGGUCUGCCCACCUGUGUGUGGGGCAGGGAGGGAUCCUGGACGAGCAGAGAACCAAGUAUUCAGGUGGAGAAGGAAGCCCCACAACAGAGCAGAGUGUUCUGGGCCUGGUUGGGCAGGGCUGGGGUGACCCUGCCUGCCCACAAAACCCAGCCCAUUCUCUGACCAGCUCCACACAUUCCUGCUUUCCACUUGCAGGCAGAAGGAUCUGGCUUAUUGAGUUGCUUGGUGUGGGCAAGGGCAGAUAAAGGGCGCAGGGGUUCUGGGCAGGAUGGCUGCGCUGGGAAAGGGGCCUUAGCUCCACCUGCCUUUGCCAUGAAGACAGCCCUGGGGGCAUCCAGGCUGCUUGGUGGCAGGACAACAGGACCAGAUGCCUCCAUCUCUCCCUCCCCUCCCCACCCCUCCUCUUGUCCAUCCAUCCACGUCAGCCUUGCCAGGGACCCCCCACGUGUGCCCCUUGGUCACAUGUAUUGUCCUCAAGGAUGUUUUGCUGCUGUGGCUACUGUGCCUGUGUGCCCCCCGCCCUGCGUCCCACCCUCAUGAGCCAUCCAUGUAACUGCCUGUCUUCCUUUUGUAGUUUCGGAUGUUUGUAACCAGACCCAGCUGUGUCAUUAAACAGACCCGUUCUUGCUGUA